UGUAAUAUUAGAGUGAGUGUCGGGUAGACAAAUGUGAGAUCUGUCUGAUUAACAUCUGUUCAGAAGUCUGACUGAGGAAAAGUGCUGCUUUUUACAUCACGUCAACGUUUAAGAUAACACUGUCUAACAAGGAUGUCAUUGGGGAAAAAGGUUCGCUCUUCUUCAGCUUCAGGAAGAUUACAAACCCAACAUGUGACCAGCAUCCUCUCUGAACUAGGGAGUCGGAUGAGAAACACUUCUGGGCCAGGUGGUCGGGGUGAGAAAGUCACAGAUGACUUUUCAGCACCAGGACGAGUGGGUGUCAGCGAGGACAGAAAUGAGCAGCCUGAAUGGUUGGUUCGAGAGCGGCUGAAACAGAUCAGGCGAAGACACUCUGUCACACUCGGAGACAAGGCUCAAAUAAUGAGACGACAACACUACAGAACUGACUCAACUUGUAGCCUCAAGAUUGAUGAGACAAUAUCAUUCGACGACCUCCAGAAACUGAAACUAGCAUUUGAGGAAUUUGAAAAGAGUGGCUUGAGAUCCAUUGACGCAAAGAAUUUUGGACGUAUAGUGAAGAAGUGUUUGGGUUUGCCUAAAACAAGCAAUGCACAGAUUCAAGGAUUAUUUAAGAAGAUUGAUUAUUCAGGUCGAGGAAGGAUUUCAUGGGGUGAGUUCUGCGCACACAUGCUGCAGGAAUACAAAGAGAACCAGGAAACUGCAAGACGCAGCAAGCAGGUGGCUUUCACUCUGCCAGCCACUAUGAAGGCAUUGUGUCAUGGCCUUCCCAUAGUCAACAUCCACUCUACCUAUGAUGGCAGUAUCCUCACAGUGCAGGAAAACGGGGAUGUUUGCCACUGGAGCCCUGAACUUAAACCACUGAAGAUCAAACACAUGUUUAAAGAAGGACCUGCAAACAGGAAGUCAAAGUGGGCAAGUGAUUUUACUCUCAUGACAGAGUACAACAAGCUGAUGAUCGGAACAGGGGACAGAGAGAUCCAACUUUAUGAGCUUUCCACUCUGGAGCCUUAUUGCCAGAUCAAUGCACUAGACACAGUGCCUUUGACAUUGGACUACGGCUACACUGGCCCUGAUAAAUGCUGUAUUGUGUAUGGAGACACUGAGGGAUGUGUGACCAUCAUUUUAAUAUCCUCCGUUGGAGAUACCCUCAGAUUAUGGAAUAAAUUACCAAAGAUUGAAAAUAUACCCAACAUAAUGAUUGAUAAUGCAGUGCUUUCUCCGAAUGUGAUAUUUGUCAGAUGGAAGGUUCAUCUGGACUGGGUAACACAGGCAAAAUAUUUUCAAAGUUUUCAAGCUGUUGUCUCUUCAUCAAAUGAAGAAUCUUCAUCUCUUGUCAUAGGCUGUGUGCUGCCCUUAACAGACGCUGAGCAGCAGCUGAGUGAGAUCAGGGAGGCCUGCUAUGAAGGUAAGACCAAAAAGGUCCAACUGAGCUGGACUCCACAGCUCCGAGCAUCAUGUGACCAGACAGUUUUCACCAUCCACAAAGGUGUCAAAACUUUUGACCUUUGUCAGAAGCACAGCUUGCUGGUCACUGGAGGUAUGGACAGACUCAUACGCAUGUGGAACCCACAUUUUUCUGGGAAACCAACUGGUAUUUUGAAAGGCCACUCGGCUCCCAUCAUCUACCUCUGCAUCUUCUCAGCAGACAGUCAGAUCUUCUCUGUCUCCAUAGACAGCACUGUGAAAAUCUGGGAUAUUCAAGAUCAGUGUUGCCUGUUGACAACAGACCGCAAAGCAAGCGGGAUUCAUGGUGACAUAUCUGCAUGCUCGUAUUCCUCUGCUAUGAAAUCCCUUUACAUUGCAGCAGACUGUAUGGCUGUGCUCUCCCUGAAGAUAAGGGCACGGCUUCACAGCCGUCUGACUGUUUCGCAUAAUGAGCCUGUAAUGUGUUGCGGCUACAGUGAGGAGUUUCGUCAAGUUGUCAGCUGCACUGAGGGAUCUGUGGUGAAAGUCUGGGAUUUUGACACUGGAUGUCAGGUUUUUGAGUAUGGUGGUGCACAUGACCUGUCUGCCAUCACAUGCAUGGCUUUUGACCACAAUGGGAGGAGACUCAUAACAGGUGGAAGAGAUGGUUAUUUAAAGAUCUGGAACUUCAACAAUGGACAGUGCCUAAAGACACUAAAGAAGGAUGGUGAAUGUCACGAGGUGAGGGACUGCAUCUUUCUGAAAGUUCACAGGAAUUUCUAUGUGAUGUCUGUCGGCCGGGACCAGAAGAUUGACAUUUACUCAGAUAUACCUGAGGACCUUCAUCGUGUCCAGAGGCCGCAGCCUUCGUGGCAGGAUGAUUUGAAAUAUGGCCAUAAGGAGGACAUCCUUUGUGUGGCGCAGUGUCCCCCAUCUCUCCUAGCCACCAGCAGCAAUGAUGGAGAGAUUAUAGUGUGGAAUGUGGUUUCUGGACGUAUACAGUGUCGGUUUUUCAGCCCUCUUCCAGCUAAUCACCAAAAUGCUGAAGGACUUGAUACAAGCGUUCCAAGCAUCACUUUCCUAAAGAAUUCCAAGUUACAGCAGUUUUCCUCGGCUACAGCUCUCCUGUCAUCUGGGGCCAUGGGUUAUAUAAAUCUCUGGAACGUGCUCAGUGGAGGAAAUUUUGUGGGCAGCUUCAAAGCUUCUAGAUUCCAACAAAAGAUUACAAAACUGGCUAAAACAGACAAGGACACGUUGCUGUACGCUGCUGACCGAAUCGGUUACAUCUACAUUUACAACAUGGAGAAGUUUUCCCCUGAGCAAAACUCACCUAGAGGUGAAAACUUCUGGCGUGCCCACACCAGCAGAGUUACUGGCCUGCAGAUUGUUGACGUUGAUCAAGUGGUGCUUACCUCAUCCACCGACUACACUGUGCGCCUUUGGAGUACACAUGGAGAAUUCAUAGGGACCUUUGGUCAGUCUGAGAGCUGGAGCGUCCACAUCUCCUCUUCCUGGAAGCAUCCUGCUGUCCCCUAUGAAAUUCUGAUUGAUCCUCUGAGUAUGCCAGAUCAUGAAAUUCUGAAUGUAAAAACAUGUAUUUCUGAUGCCAUCAAACCUGACAAGACUGAGGCUCGUAGAGGGGAACUAAAGCAAGCUGAGACUUCCUCCACCAUCCAUCAGUGACACAGACAGUGAGGAAGAUUAAAAGCAUGUUUUAUCCAGAGGAACACAAGAGUGGACGCUGUCAUGAAAUUGUCAGGCAUACUAACAAGCCCUCGAACCACUGUGCUCUGAAAGGCCUUGAUACUGUGGAGCCACCAAACACUAUUGAAUGAUCUGACCCCUCCCUCGCUGGUAUUGAUCCUUUCAGAAGCAGCACCGAGGAACUAGAGUGAACUGUAUAAGAUGAAACAGUAUUGAUGGGGACUGGGUCAUCGCAGCAUGCAAUACCAUAAAGCCAACAUAGAAAAAUAAAAUAGAAUGAAAUAAUAGUGAGAAUUCUGGCUGUAUGUAGUCACACCCAACUGACAUUUUCAACAACAGACCAUAUGAAGUAAAACAAUGGAUGAAUGAAAGUGUUAAACAGAAAAUGUGGCAAAUAACUGAACUGAUUUUAAGACUGCCCAAGUGAUCCCUGGAAGGUUUCUACAAGUUCUGCAGGAUCUACAGGUGCUCACGUUAAAGAAGGAGCUGAGUAAUCAGCUUUCCAGUGCUGUUCCAUAAAAUUGCUAUUUGCAUUUUGAAACACACAACUGUUCAUGUUUUAGUAUUGUUAUAAAAUGAAAUAAAAAGGGUGAAGAUCAAAAAGGGUUGGGAACUUGUUACCAUAAGACUAAAUCAGCUAUGAUAGCUUUGACAUUUACGGCUUCAGGCUGUGAGCAGCAUAUUUUCCUUAUAUACCAAUUUAGUUUUCUACAAAAACACACCAAUGUAUUUAGCAAUAGG